AUGUUGAGAGUGGCCCCUUCAGACUCCGUGGCUUCGGGGUACUCGGCCAGCUUCAUAUCUGGCAAGGGUCCAGCCUACGCUGAGGCGGGGUUCUCUUUCACACCCCUGAGCCCGUCAAUCUCAAAUCGGUCCGGCAUCGUCACGCAACAGAACCGCUACGUGUUGCUCGGCGGCCACACCCAGCAGGCCUUUAUCAACAUGAGCUCCGCCGCCAUUUGGAACCUGCCAGAGGAGUCGUGGAACUUUGCGACGGUCAGCGCCACGCGCGUCGGAAGCAGCGAGCUGGCGGUGAAGGACAUCGAGAAGCGCGCGGGGACGCAGGUGGAGAGCCGGUCCGGGCACACGGCGGUGCUGAAUGAAGACGGGACUGCGCUCAUUAUCCUGGGCGGCUGGGUUGGUAGUGUUUCUCAGGCUGCUUCCCCGCAGCUUGCGCUUCUCAAAAUGGGUGAUACGUAUGGAGACUGGACAUGGUCGAUUCCAUCUCAGCAACCGGAUGGUGGAAUCUACGGUCAUGGGGCAGCGAUUUUGCCUGGCAAUGUAAUGAUGGUUUACGGAGGAUAUGAAAUCACGACUUCAGGAUCCAAGGCGAAGAGACAGUCAAGCGGGACCGGGCUCAGGUUCCUGAACAUGACUUCCAUGGCAUGGAGUUCGAGCUACACAAAUCCAAAUCAUGCGACCUCAUCGAGUGGGUCCAAUAGCUCCACUAGCAACGACAACAUCAAGAAGAUUGGACUGGGUGUCGGCCUCGGCGUUGGGCUCGCCGCAGUUCUCGGCGCCUUCUUGGUUUACUAUUGUUACAAGAGACAUUUGAGGAAGAAGAAGGAGAUGAGAGAGGAGACGGUGCGCUCUUUGGCGCAAGAUGCGACACGAUUCCUGCACCCAGAAGACGAUAUGUUGGAGCGGGAUGGCGGAUCGGCCUACCCCUGGACGAGCCAUUCUUGGUACACGGGAGGUCACGAUCCUUACGAGACGAUCGACAGAUCGCUCGGCCACAUCCACCCAAUCUACGAAGCAGAUGAAGAUGACCCGGAGCACGCCAACAGAAGGAAAGAUCAGGAGCCCGCGACACCUACCACACCGGGGCACGCCGACCCAUUCAUGACGCCGACGGGUUCCGUCCCGAUCUUAACACCCGGCAAUCGUCACUCCAUGACGCCCAGUCCGGAGGCUCUCCUGCGGCGCAACACAGAGGUGCAAGACUGGCAGUCAGACAUUGACGCUACAGAAGCUCUCUUGGCUCGGAUGCCCUCGCGCCGCAACAGCCGCGUCUCCCCGACACGGCGCCACGGGGUCGCCGGUGCGCGGACGGAGGUUGUUACACCUCCCGCCGCCAAAGGGCGACUCUGGGGAGUCUUCUCACGGUCACGAUCACCCGCUGCCGAGCCGGGAAGACUCUGCGGAGCCCCGGCCGUCGCUGACGCUGCGUACGGCUGA